UUAGAUCUUUGUUCACUCUCAUUAAUAUCCAUUCUUGUCUUCUGCAAUGGUUGCAUCGUCGUUUCCCCUUCUACGUCUUCCAACAAAAUCUAUGGAGACUGUGAUCCGUUAUUUUUUGCCGUUUGAUAUGAUAAAAUAUUCAUUUCUCUCGAAAUCAACUAAACAUCUUGUCACAUCGCUCAACCUGAUACGGAUCAAGUUUUUCCAAAUUUAUGUCUUGGACCAGUUGGGGAUAGGAUUUUAUGUAAACGGCGUUUUUUUCACAUUUUAUGUAUUGAAUACAUACCCCGAAAACGAUGUUCAAAUUAAAAUCACAUAUGGAAAUGUUAGCACAAUUUGGAAUUUGAAGGGAUAUUCAGUGAAAAGUUUUAUUGGGCACUUCAUGGUGAUUUCUAAAAGAUUGCGUAUUGAUGCGCUGAAUUUCUGGACUAACGUAGAUCUAUUGGAUGGCCAGUUUUUGAAAAAAAAUCUAGAUGGAUUUUUGUAUCGUAAAGUGAUAAUUCAAUCUCAGGGAAUUAACUACAAAGUUUCACCUGUACAAGUUACAGCACUUGAACCUUUUUUGAAAAGAGAAAUAUUGCAUUUGGUUGAAGCUCCUUUCGACAGAUCAAACUCCUAUCGUUUACUGAUUCAGAAUUGGGAUCAAUUAUACUCGGGCAGCUACAAUGGAUUAAACGAUCUAUUGCUCAACAAUAGUUCAGAUAUUCAAAUUCGAAAAGCCAUUCUCUCAGAUAACGAUAUCAACGUUUUUUUGAAAAGUUGGAUGAUUGGGUCUAAUCCAAGACUUGAACGUGUUUAUAUAUAUUUUCAAGACGAUCGAAAAUUUGAUUCCAAUAUUAUUUUUAGUGGAAUUGAACCUUUUUCAAAACAUACAUUAGACGAUCAAGGACAAAUGGUUAUUCAAAGGAAUGAUGGAACAAAAGCAAGGAUAAACUACAAUGAUGGAGUUUUUGCAAAUUUUGAAAUGUUUUUACUCAACAAUUAAUUGGUUUUUGAAAUAAGUAUUAUAAUUUCAAUAAAUAAAUGUUUUU